UCACUGACCCUACACAGGAUAAAAGGGCUCCUGCCCUGGCCUCCUCAGACAGAGCCUCCUCAGCCACAGGCUUCUUCCUCUUGCUGCCUCCUCUGAAUCUGGUUCCCUGACUGCACCAAGAUGUCCUGCCAGCAGAACCAGCAGCAGUGCCAACCCCCUCUCAAGUGCCCCUCCCCCAAAUGCCCCAAGAAGAGCCCAGCACAGUGUCUGCCUGCUGCCUCCUCCUGCUCUGCUACCUGCUCUGGGGGCUGCGGUGGCCUCAGCUCCAGCUCUGAGGGAGGCUGCUGCCUGAGCCACCACAGGCGCCGCAGGUCCCACAGGUGCAGGCUGCGGAGUUCAGACUCCUGUGAUGGUGACAGUGGUCGGCAGUCUGGGGGCUCUGGCUGUGGCCAUAGCUCUGGGGGCUGCUGCUGACCUGGAUCCAGAUGCUGUGAGAAGAGAUUUCAGAGGCUACAAGAAUCCCCGGAGCCGAGGAACCGCUUCAUCUUUAUGCAUCUUUCCAAUGUGUCCUGCCCUGUCUGUUUCAGGUACUGUUGGGGGUUCUCACCCACUGUUCUGAACUACCUGUGCCAACAGCCUCUUCCUUUCUAGUGUAAGCAUCUCACAGUUCCACUGAGAAUUGUACAUUUCCCUGUGCCUCACUGUGUAAAAAAUUAAAAGCUCAUUGCUGCCUUA